GGCUGUUGUAUAUUUUCUACUCAAGAGGUGCGGUAUCAGUUGACCAACUAAACGUUUUUUGUUGCUGUAUUUGUAGAAUCGGGUCAUACUCUGAAGAGGUAGCCUAAAGUCGUGUCGUUAGCUGUUACAUUGUAACCUUUAGCCAAAUUGCAGUUUUACUAACGGAUACUUUUCUUUCACGGAGAGGAGAUUCUGUUACAUUACCUUAGGCUUCAUUGUUGAAGGAGCCUAGCUUUAAAUUUAGUUUAGCUUUAAAUUUAGUUUUUGUGUAAUUGGCGUAAAAAAUGUCUGGAGAGCCGAUUACCACCAAACUGGAAACCUUCAUGGGGUCACCGAGUGCGUUUCCCGUGGUAUUGAAGAAAAUAAUGGAAAUGCCCCCACCGAAUUUACUCGAGGGCGACGAUGACAAUGACAAGGAGAAGCUGCUUACGGGGGACAAUGUGGACCUUGAAGGAGGGAGUGGGAUGGGUCCGUCGGCUGCCCUGACCCCCGCUAUCUGGGAUAAGACCAUCCCGUACAACGGGGAGACCUUCCACCUGGAGUACAUGGACCUGGAGGAGUUCCUCAUGGAGAACGGCAUCUCCACCUCAUCCCUGGACGAUGCUCUCAACAUGGAGAAGACAGAGAAGCCCACCACCAUGGCAGCCAAGCCCAAGACAGCCCCAGCCGCCCCCAUUUCCCUGCUGCCCAUCCUGGAGCUGGAUCAGUGUGAGGAGGAGGUCACUAUCACCCUCAACAGUGUUGACAUCGCAGACGACACAGAGGUGGUGACAGACAAGGACAGGCUGACCCCUGAACCCAUCGACCCAGAGGAGAUUGAGGUGGACGUGAACUUUGAACCAGAUCCUACAGACCUGGUGCUGUCCAGCGUUCCUGGUGGAGAGCUGUUCAACCCACGCAAACACAAGUUCUCAGAGGAGGAACUCAAACCACAACCCAUGAUCAAGAAGGCCAAGAAGGUGUAUGUACCUGAGGAUUCUAAGGAUGAAAAGUACUGGCACAGGAGGAAGAAGAACAAUGUGGCCGCGAAGCGUUCCCGGGACGCACGGCGACUCAAGGAGAACCAGAUCACGGUGCGGGCGGCGUUCCUGGAGCGUGAAAACACGGCGCUACGACAGGAAGUGGGCGAGCUACGGAAGGACUUUUCCCGCAGCAAGAAUGUUGUGGCCCGCUACGCAGCCAAAUUCGGAGCGCUUGCCCCGCUGGAAGACCAGUAGACUGCUAGUGAUUUAUUUGUGGCAAAACAAAUAAAUAAAUGAGUCAAAUGGAAUGGAUUGAUCAGAAGAUGAAGAAGAACAGGACUGUGUGGAAUUUUAGGACCCCUGCGUAUAGUUUUUUAUUAGAUUUGAAUAUUUAAGUGCUUAUUUAAAUUCAUUUAAUGACAA